AGCGCACUUUUACAAUCUCCUCUUCACCGAGCUGCGCGCGGGCGGAGCACUGUACCUCCCCAAACUGUGGAAGGAGCAAGACGCACCGGAGGAGCGCGACGCAGCCGCAGCCACAGGAGAGUGCCCGUGGACUGUACCCAAACCAAGAGACUCGACACGCUUUACGCACGCCGGUCCGCAGAGCUCAGCUCUCUCUCUCUCUCUCUCUCCCCCCCGCCCCCCCUCCAUCUGCAUUUCUUUCUUUAUUAUUCUGCAUUUCUCCAUGAAGUGAGUCUCUUUGUCCGCCCGUGUGACCCCCGCACUCCGCUGCACUCGCCGCGCAUCGUUGCAAAGAGAGGAACAAUGAGGUCCACUCCCGAGGCGUCCCUCUGGAGGAUGGCGCGGCUGGCGGUGACCGUGGCGCUCGUGUCGGCGUGCCGCGCGUCGGAGUACGAGUACCUGAGCUGGAAGUCGGACGCGUACAACGGCGGGCGCAGCUACGGCAAGCCCCCGCAGUGCGUGGACAUCCCGGAGGAACUGCGGCUCUGCCACAACGUGGGCUACAACCAGAUGCUGCUGCCCAACCUGCUGGAGCACGAGACCAUGGCCGAGGCGAAGCAGCAGGCCAGCAGCUGGGUGCCCCUGGUGCACAAGAGCUGCCACCCGGGCACGCAGGUCUUCCUCUGCUCGCUGUUCGCGCCCGUGUGCCUCGAGCGGCCCAUCUACCCGUGCCGCUGGCUGUGCGAGGCCGUGCGGGACGGCUGCACGCCCAUCAUGGAGGCGUUCGGCUUCCCCUGGCCGGAGAUGCUCACCUGCGACAAGUUCCCGCAGGACGACGUGUGCAUCGCCAUGACGCAGCCCAACGCCACGGAGGCCACCAAGCCCACAGGUUACUCUCCCAUCUGCCCUCCGUGUGACAAUGAGAUGAAAACAGACACCAUGCUUGAGCACAUGUGUGCCAGCGAGUUCGCUUUCAAGACCAAGAUCAAGGAAGUGAAGCGCGAAAACAUGGACCGCAAGGUGAUCCUGCAAAAGCGGAAGAAGAUGGUGAAACCGGGCAACCUGAAGAAUAAGGACUUGAAGAAGCUCGUGUUGUACUUGAAGAACGGCGCGGACUGCCCCUGCCAGCAGCUGGACAACCUGGGGAACCAGUAUCUAAUCAUGGGCCGCAAGGUGGAUAAGCAGUACCUCCUCACGGGCAUCCACAAGUGGGACAAGUCCAGCAAAGAGUUCAAAAAGGCCAUCAAGAAACUCAAGACCUACAAAUGUCCCGCCUUCGAGACCGUCUUCAAAUGAUAUGACCCUGCAACCGUCACGGGUCGCAUUUCAUCCUACAUAUGAACUUGCAUUAAGCAUUAAAAUCCCAAACUUUGCUUUCUAUUGUCCUGUUUAUAUAUCUAUAUAUCUUUGUAUAUUUACAUAUACUUUGAAAUGUCCAUUAUCAAGUUUUAGUCAAAUGUGGUGAGUGAUGACACCGCAAAUAAUUAAAGGGGUUGGGUUUCCUUUUUUUUAAUGCUUCUCUUCUGCUUAAGAAAAAGGAUGUAGUAGUUACAGCCCCUCCUCACUGAAAUCAUUUCCACUAUGUAUGUAGGUACUUUGUGUACACUCUCAUUAUCCUACAGUUCAGUGGAUUUUUGCUCAAAGGAAAGGUUGGACAUUAUUGGGACCACCCUAAUUCACACUCGUACCGAGAGUUAGAUGAGAAGACCGACACAUCUCGCAUGUCUGGACAGUAGAGGGAGCCAGCAGAUGGUUAGCUUUAAAGACUGGAAGAAGGAGCUAGCUUGGCUCUGUCCAAAGGGCAGAAAAACACAAGUUGUCAUUUUUUUUGUACAUAUUGAAUGAAAUAUAACAUGUUAUUUAGCGAGAUUUAGAUUUGCAGCGAGAUUGAUUGUUUUGGGACAGCGCCAGGCUAACUGUUUCUUCCUGCCUCCAGUCUUGCUCACGCGCGGUAAACAUCUGCUGGCAUGCUUUCAGACUUUGCAAAGCCAAAUCAAUGUUGGAAAAAUGUCAGACUAUUCCUCAAAAUCUGUAGCAUUUCGAUCCUGAUCUUUUUAGUGCUAAGCCAUCAAGUAACUGAUUAGCCUUCAGAAUUGGAAGUUGCAGGUAUGUUGAGCUUUAAACGCCACACGGUGCAAAGCAGCUCCAGGCAGGGUUCGUGGUGAAUAACUUAUUGACAGAUGUGCGAGAGAGUGCUGCCAUCAGCUGAUUGUUUUUGAACUAAGGACCAACAACUUGAUUAUUUCCCUUUCCAUUUCUUCAUUUCAUUGUGACAUUUCUUUUUGUGACUUUUGUCGUGACAGUCGUGCGCCAGACUUGAUUUUGUGUCUUGUUGUCACCUGACAUUUGACUAAAUGUUUUUACCACUUUGCUGCCUCCACAUCCAGUCUACUUGCAGUAAUCAGUAUUCACCAGUAAUGGAAAAUGCCUUGUAGUCAUAUGUGUUUAAAAGUGAAAAGUUAUGUGAGUGCAAAUGUUGCCAACUAUGUGUGCUGUUUUGGUUUGCUGGUUCGUUUUAGCACUAUUUGUUGUUGCAGAUUUGAAUGUGAGCAGUGCAUUUCUGCCUAUUACAUGUACAUACAAAUUUUACAUAAAUAUGGAAAAACUGUC